AUGAAGAGGCUGCAGCUCCACCGAUGGAGCAGUUCAGUCCUUUCGCCGCGGGCUCGGACUGGUAGCCGCGUGCAACAACACCUUCACUCCGGCGUGCGGCAUCAAUCGACCGCCUCUCCCCUUCAGUCCGAAGCUUCUUCUCAGGAAGAGCCUUUCUUGGAGGAGGCACCUGUGGAUGAAGGCUUGGCGCGCCAUAUCAGAAGUAUCCGAUUCAAAAGACCCGAAAUUCAGUAUCCCUCUCCUCCCGUCGAAGCCGCGAGGAGCUCCGCAAAAUUGGCUGCCCUCCACGCUCGACUCUAUCUUCCUUCCCGAUUACCUCUCGAGACACUUGCGCGGACAUUGGUUGACGCCUCUGCGGAUCCCAAUCCUCAUUUCAACAAUGAAUCGCUGGUCACCCUGGGCCAUGAUCUCCUUACCUACUACACAUCCGAACACCUCCUUUGUACCUACCCUCGCCUGCCCUUAGCCGUCAUCUUCUCCUCUAUGUACGCCUACGCCGGCCCCAAGUCCCUCGCUGCAAUGGCAAAAGAAUGGGGCGUGGAAGCUGCCACAUUGCCUGGGGGGAGGUUGACCCAGUUUCGAAGGAUUGAUCCGGGCGCUGAGGUACCAGGAUCAGCGGAGAAAAGAGAACCCCGACAACAAAUGGGACGCAAGAUUUUCUAUGACAAUGAGUAUGGUGAUGCGCCCUCGGGACCGGUGGAUAGAAACGCGGGCGUGAGUGCCGAGCAGGCCAGUUCUGACUUUGUCCGAGCCGUCAUGGGUGCCAUUUACCUGCACGCAGGUCGUCCCGCUGCCAAGCGAUUCUUCGAGCAGCACUUCCUUUCGAGGCAGCUUAACAUUUCGUCUCUGUUCAGCUUCUCGCAGCCCGCCCGUGACUUGAACCGGCUAUGUGCCCGAGAGAACUUCGAGCAACCGGUGGCCAAGAUCAUCAGUGAAACUGGUCGGAGGAGUCGAUCCCCCGUUUUCGUGAUUGGCAUCUUCUCUGGUCAAGACAAACUUGGCGAGGGUGCUGGCAGCAGCCUGUUCGAAGGCCGAGAGCGAGCAGCCGUUGCCGCGCUCAAGGGAUGGUACCUCUACAGCCCGCUGAGUGUGCGAGUCCCCAGCUCCAUGGAGGAAGAAGGGGCCGCGCCGUGGAAACCGGUUCAUGUCGACCUGGGUGAGGUGAUCGUCUAA